UCAGUCUGUGUAGAAGAAGAAGAAGGAAACAAGACCAAGAAUGGACAGUCAGGCAACUAGACAUUUUAGAAGGCCAUUCUUGUUUAUUAUAGAAAUGUAAACAAUGAAACUGUGCAAUGAUAAGUAUCCUGGAUAUCUGACAGCAGUGGUUUCAUGCACACCUAAGGAGUUUGAGCUUACUUACUAAAGUAGUGAGGUGAGGACACAUGUGAGACCCUAAAGCUCAAGAACAUUGUGAACAGCCCAUGAAAAUAAAGGAAAUGGACAUGGAUUAAGUAGAAAAACACUGAGAAGAAGCAGCGUAGAUCUGAAACCAGAUUUUGAACAGCAGAUGACAAGAAAAAAUACGAAGUCCCAGAAGACAAUACUUCAGAAAAGAAAGUUGUUAAGGAAAAGCAAGAAAUGUUGAUGAACAGUAAGCAACAUCAUCUGUAUGUUACGCAUCCUGUGACCCAGAGAAACAAAACAGUACACAGAAUAGGUUCAACCACCUUCUUGAUUGGAAAGACACCCAAAAGAAUACGCAGGAGACAAUUUGAGGAAAUGGUAUGCCACUUUAAUAUGGGAUCAGUGAAAGACCUUGCAGAACACAUUGCAAAAGCUACAUCAGAAGCCAGGCAGAAGAUGUUGAAGGAAUUCUAUGUUUCCAAGCAUCCAGAGAUGGAGCCUUUCUUCUCUCUUGAAGUACCAGCAGAAGCUGCCCAUAACUGUGAGGAAAGAGAACUGGGUGCAACACAGUCCAGAAAAAGAAAAUCCAUUGUUAAUUUUGGAAGACCUAAGUCUAGACCUUCAUCAGCUAAAGGACUACUUCUCAGUGGAACUACAGAAACACAGACCCAGGAGAGCCAUCAAGGAGAAGCAGAACAGCUUCACAAGGACUCUAACUUGCAAGAUAUGUUUGUUGAUGCAAAAUGUAAACAAACACCCAUUGUUGCUACUCAGCAUAUCCAAAGAAGAAACAGUCAGGCAUUAAGGGAUUUUACAGCAUCUGGCUCAUUAAGCAGUAAAUCAGAAAUAAUUGAGGUGCUACCUGUAAAAAGUUGUGAAGGACAGCAAGACUCAGAAGGAACACAGUUGCCAAAAAAAAGAUCCAUGUCUCAGUCAGAAAAUGGAGAGAGAAAAGCUCAGAUUUUCAAGAAAAAUUCUUAUGUGGACUUACUUGGAGAUACCUCUAUUCUUGAUGAAAUCUUCAGAAAUGAUGGAAAUGGGUCUACAGAAUCACCAAGGAAAUUCUCUUCAGGACAAGCAGAAAAAUCAAAGCAGAGACCAAAAGAUUUCUGGGAUAUGCUGAAUGAACAGAAUGAGGAGAGCCUCAGAAAGCUCACAGAUAUAGCAGUCGUAGAGAAGCUUUGUGAAAGAGCCCCUCAUUCUACAGUGACAGAAGAGAGAGAAGUGUGUGAAAGUUCUCUUUGGAAAAGAAAUGAAACUUUUUUGUGGAAAAAGUACAGUGCAGAUGAUUGAGAUGAGCCAUCUACUGCUAAAUUUUGUAAUGUAGUAAAAUGA